UUCGGUCCAGUAAAGUAAACGCGACUAUGCAAAGGUCUUGGAUGUCUUUUUCCACUGUCUGUGAUGAGUAAUGAUCUGCUCUGAAGUGAAUCGAACCACAAGAGGCGAAAAAAAUGAACCACAAAAGUUUUCCCUUCAUAAUCCACGGUUAAUCAGGUGGUUGAGAUUAUGAUGAAAUAGCAAGCUUUUGCUGGACUAGUUCCAUGUGUGAAGAACACGGCGACAACAGAUUAUUUUUGCGAAAUUUUCAGGUGUUGGCAAAACUGGGUUAACGUGAAAAUUUUUCCAAACCAUAUGAAGGAAAUUUCUUUCAUCUUUGUUGUGAAAUCGGAAGAAAGCGAGAAUGGUGUGUUGAGGAGCAAACCGAAGUGAAAUAAUACGCAAAUUCUACUGUUAGGAAAUAUGUGUUCGGAGUGAGAAAAUUUGCAAUUGUGGUAUCACAUAGAAGAAUCAAGUCGCAGAAUGUGAUUUUAAAUAUCCACAGUUUUUAAGUUUCAUCUAGUUUCUUAAUAUGAAACUAUCCUGGAGAGUGAAGCUUGAAGUGUUAGUAUAACAUUCCAGAAGAUCAUCGGUGGAUCGGAUUAUUAGCUGCCGAACAAAGAAAAAUAUUUUGUGUCGAAAAAUCAUCCUCUCUUCCAACAAUAUCAUACUGGUCACAUCUUCAUUGGUACUGAAUCGUGAGCGUAAAGUGAAAAACCGAAACUGCAUCUGGAUUACAGCAACAAAAACAACCAUUUAAAUCGAUUGCGAUAUUUGAAUUGCAGAUUAGCUGAAGCGAUUAAACCAAUCAACCACCGCACGCCAAAAUGCACGCGGUCGGGAUUCACUCGGCGCUGGCCAUCAAGCGGCAGCGGAAGCGGCGGGAUAACCAGCGCAAGGCUCGUGAGCGGCGCUUUAGCAUACAGAGCUCCGAGAGUGGCGAUACGCACUCGCCCCAUGGCUCGACACGCCGGAAGUUCCACCCGCACAAGGUGCACAUCACCGAGAACAAUAAUCUAGAUACGAAAGUAGUCACAAGCGUUGGUAUGCUACACAUAGGAGUCGUAUUCGUAGUCUUCGGAAUCUUUUUACUAGGGGCUGGAUUUUUUCCAGAUAAUUUAUCAAAUCAACCAUCCCAGUCGUGGCAUCUGCUGGGAAAAGGAUCCUGGUGGAACGAACUGAUAUGCACGGGGCUGUUCGCCGUCGGCCUUGGCAUCUUUCUCAUCAUAUUGAACUGUGUGAUAAGCAAUCGAGAGGAACAGGACCUCGAAAGCUACGUCCAGCGGCAGCUGACGCGAUCCAGAUCCGGACAUCGAUUGGAGCGUGAUGUCGAGACUGGUGGCCUUACGACACGCCAUCAUCGCAAGGCUAUGCAAAUACAGAAAGGCGCCGCCGAGAGAGGUCUGGACGAUCUGUCCAACUCUAACAUCCUGAUAACACCAACCAGCAGUGAAGUGGUGACUCCGACAACCCCCUCAGGAGUACUUGGAGCAUCCGGAGAGAUUUUGUUGGAAAAAAUUCUUGAAGAGGACAGCAGUUACGGUGACCCAGAUUAUUAUUCGCGAAAUAUCGGUCAAUCCCCACCCGGCGUGGACAAUGAUAAGCGAUUUCUGCUGGGCAAUGGACACACCGGAGCCAUCCAUAUGACCGAUAUUUAAGAACAAAAAAAAUCGGCUCGACUAAACUGCACUCAUCAAAUUCGCAAUCAUCACCCGCAAAAGUACCAACCAUCGAUAUCAGCAUCGUAAGUACCAACGAAAGCGUAUAAUGCUUCCUUCCACUUUGAGUUGAAUUUUCUACAUUAUCGUAACUAAACUAAUAUAGUUCAAGUACACAAGGUUAUGUAAUGGGAGGCUGGAUAAAUUAAUUUAUUAGUUCAUAUUCAUGCACGGGCUGUCGUUUUAGCGAACACGGUGGGUUCGAUACAGAAAAGAUGAUACUGCCAGUAGUUUACAAUUCAUGAACAAGUUACGGUUCCGUCUGAUUGCCUCAAAUAUAUCUAUUCUACUUGUUUUCAAUUAUAUGCUAUAUAAAGCUUCGUCAGUCUCGAAUCAAUAAAGAAAAUUAUAGUUCGUUAAGAAGAGUACAAGUUCACCUACAAAAAAUGAAAGAAUAAAACGAUUUCAGAAUUAUUCAGGAACAGUAUUACGUUUAUUGUUUGUGAAGUCAUAUAAUUGUCCUUAUUACAUUGUUAUAACACACAAAAACAUUCGUAAUACUUCUGGUGUUUCAAUUCCACCAUGUUCGCUUACAGACCUAAUUAACACCGUAUCAUAGGGAACGUAGGUACAUAAAUCGUACAAACUUUUCGACAUUCAUUUAGUGCGAGAAAAUGACACAAUUAACGCCCAUCUACGACACACGUGCCACCGGAGGGACGGAACCGAACGGGAGAUGGGUAUUCCUGACCGAAAAAAAUAGCUUCAUGCUGACCCCAUAAAUCAAUUCACAUCUCAGUUGCCAUCAGAUCUGUUGCUUAUACCUAAUAAAAGCCUGCAAUCAAUUAUUGCUAGUAUUGUGCCACCCAAUGCCCAAGCACACGCGCAAUUCAUUAAUGUCGCUAAUUUUCUUAAUGAUUGAACAAAAAAUAUAGCAUAUAGAAGCAAAAUAUAUCAUCGUUAUGCAACCAUACAAAAAUGGCGCUUCGAAUGUUCGUUAUCGUUUUCGUUAUCAUUUUCUCGGAACCAUAAUGUACGCUUGCCAAUUCGACGAGAAUAUCUCGUGUAUAACCAUGUAUAGUGAAUGCAAAUAUUCAUUGUGAAACCAAUUUUAUAAAAACUGUUCAAGAAAAAAAUUAUAAAAAACUAAUCCACAUUAAACGAAACAAAAGCUAGGCAGAUCUGUAGAUAAAUGUGUUUCAUUUGAUAUUUUGGAUGUUUGUCAUCAGAAGUCGUAUAUAUAUACAUAAAUAUAAUGAGCAAAUCUUCAAGACAUGUUGCAAUGGUACUUGAUUACUUUUCAUAACUAUUUAAGGCAGAGGAAAAUAAUUGCAUGAUUUAGAACAAUUUUUAUUAAAUUCAAACAAUAUUUAUUAGCACAAAGUGUAAUCGUUAAGCAGAGCAAUCCUCUAUUUGUAUGUACCUAGAUUAUGAAAUAAAACACACGUGAAACAAUUUGAGACCAUCGAAUAACGGACUGUCUACUUCAUUUAUCGAGCAGCAGCUGUCAAAAGAUUGUUAGAAUGUUUUGGUUCCAACCUAUUGUUAUUCUGAAAAAAAUCUACAGUAAGAAGCACUAAUGAAAACCAUUUACAUUAAAUAAUAUGUCUUUAUUGUAUUGUACAGAUACACAUGCAUUUAGUAAUUAGUGUUCAACGCCAGUUAGCCAUUUAUAGAUAGAAGAAAAACUCCAAAACCACGAACAAUUUUUUUCCAUUCCUUGCGGGAGUCUGUCAAUUAGACUCCCUUACUCCAUAACGACAUUAUCAUAAUGAUUACUCUAAUUAUUCUCAGAUGAAUUUAUUGCAUAUAAAUUUUCAUAACAUGAUGUCCACUAUCAAAACAAAAUGAUGUCAUCUCAUAUCGAGCCUAUUCCCACCAGCCUAUCAUUUACCGACGACAUUUACCACCCAAAGUGUACAUUUGAGAUAAGCAGCACUCAUAUAGAAAGUACUAAAAUAGAAGAAAUAUUGCAAACCAUAUUUCUUUGAAAACUGUACAAUGAUCUGCAAAGAUGAUUUGUUGAGAUUGAAUGUAAAUGAUAAGCGUCAACAUCCUUAUCGAUGGCUUGUUGGAAUAUGUGUCUACAAUCAAUAGUCUCGUGUCUCUAAUUUACGGAUUAUUUACCUUGUCCCACUGCUUAUAGUAUUGCUUUUAGUUUCAAGCAAUGUUAGUACUGAUGAAAUAAUGAAAGUAUGAAUGUCACCGCCAAUCAUAACUAGUUCUCAGUCUAGUGGGUGACAACUAAAGUUGAGAUUUGUUUUCUUGAACUGUCAAAAAAGCUCACUAUACUUCAAGGAAACCAGCUGUUCGAUGGAGCUUGAUGUCUUGAUGUCGGAAACAGGAGCGGCAUGCAUCACUCAUGUCGACUUGGCGGAUGCAUCUCUUGAUUCCACUAGUCAACUGCUCUUUAGUUAUUUUGAUGCACCAAAGAACUCAAAUUCAAAAAAAAAAAUCUUUGGAUUGAGGUUCGUGGUUACAAAUAGGAUCGAGGGGUUACUAACCCUUAGCGAACGAAUGCCGCCAUACUCGCGACAUUGCAAAUAUUCUAAAAAAAUUGAAUGCCGCCAUACAUGCGGCAUUUCGUUAUAUUCCAGGAAUUAUGUUAGGUUAUGCCUUUUUAUGCAUGUAACGUGAUAUGGAGCAUUCCUUCCUGAGCAUUCAGUGCAAAUACAUACAGUCAAUCGCAAAAUUAAGUAUACACCCCGUGUUGGUUUGUUAUUUUUAAGUUUUUCGUGGUUUAAAAGUAAAUAAUUAAAAGUGACUCAUAUUCAACGUAAAAUUGAUCCUAUUCACGCUCAUGUUGUGUGAGAAAAAAAUUAAAAUGGUCACAUUUCUACUUCAUGUUUAAAACACAAACAGAAAAUAUUCAAUUGAGACGUUGCAAAAUGGAGUGUACAGUUGAAGUUUUUCUUAAAAAGAAAAUUGAAAUCAGUUCGGAAAUGUUAACAGAUAACGAAAAUCAAUCUCCUAGUAUUUUUUAUGGCCCCCUUUGGCGUCCAGCACUGUCUGCAAGCGCCGAGGCAAGAUUUUUGGUCACUGUAAGCGGAAUGCUCUCCCAGAUCUCCUUGAUCGUCGUUUCGAGUUCUGCUUCGUUCCCUGGAUGUUUAUUCUUCAGACAUUCCUUGAUUCCCUACCAUAGAUGCUCAAUAGUGUCAAAAUCCAGUGAUUGCGGAGGUGUUUUGAGUUGAUUGGGACAUUAUAGAGUAGGCACUCCCACACGAUGAGAUCAGCUUGCUUCGGGUCAUUAUCCUGUUGAAAGUAGUAAUCACGAAAGAGACCCAAUUUCUGCACGGGACACUGAAGGUUUCGUUUCAGGAUGUUCAAUGAAGCCACAUCCUUCACACCAUCUGUCCUCCAUCCGAUUCAAAGAGAUUGGGUUUCGUCUCAUCCGUAUAAAGGACCUUGUUAUAAAACUCCUUAGGUCUGUUAACAUAUGCCUCAGCAAACUGCAGUCGUUUUUUUUUUUCAUAUUCACCUUUGAGAUGACGGCCAACACGACCUCUCAGAUUGUUCCUGUAUGCUACUCUCCGGACAGUGUCUGUGCUGACAGGUCUUCAAUGAUCCCGGCUACUUCGGUAGUCAAUUUAAAAAUGUUUGUUUUAGGGUUCUUUCAAAAUAUUCGCAUAAUUACUCGUUUCUCAUCGGAAAACAGGAUACGUUUGUUUCUUCUACUCGGGAAAUUUUCCAUAGUUCCUUCGUAUUUCCACUUGUUUACGAUUUUCUUUGCUGUAUAAUGGAUUCUUCCAAGUAUAGCUGUUAUUUCCUGCAAUGUCUUUCCACGACAAUUCAUACUUAUUAUCAUUAUACGUGUAACAAUAUCUAUUUCUUUCCUCUAACUUGUCAUUUUGAUAAAAAAAUUCAAACAUCAAUAAAAAACAAAAACCAACACUGCCCAAGCAAUGGUUAAGUAUUGACACCAAUCACUGAUGAAAAAAGUACGCUGAUUCGCAAUGAUUUGCAUACCAAUCGAAUCGGAAAUCAUCUAAGCUUUGUUUGAUAUGAUAUACAUUACAAUUCGCUAAUCUCUAAACGGUUUAAAUUCAUGAAAACUGGAAGAACUUCCUUUUUCCCAUACAUUUGUUCUGUCGAUUUGUGUGCUAACCCUACUGGUAUUUCGAAUGCUUAUAACUCGAACAUUUCAUAAUAGAUCGGAAAGCUGUUUGCAUCAAUUGAUAGGAAAUAUUUCUACGCGUCUAUUACAUUUAAUAAAAUGUUAUUUUUCAUGAGAUGAACAAUUGAAUAACUGUAAAAUGUCAAGCGUUAUCUAAACGCCCUAACUGCUAAGUUUUGAUUGGCCCGAUUCACGGUUUCUCCAACACAGACUUCAAAAUCGAUGUACCUGUGGAAAUCCGCUUUGCAAAUAUACAGGGUUUUCCAUUUCGGGCUUCCGAAAGUAUACAGCCCUGCGCUGACAACCGUUUGACAUAGCUGUCAACCAAAGCGUCAUAUCGUUAGUUGAAUGUCUGCCAUUUUACAAUAUGGAUGAUUUUAGCAUCGCACAACGUGUCAAUUUUGUUAAAUUAUACUAUAAAAAUGAUGAAAAACCGGCAAAUGUUUUUCGAGCAUUACGGACGAAUUUUGAUGACGACCAACGGCCUACAGAGCACACAAUCGCUAAUGUAGUGCGUAAAUUCGAACAAACUGGAUCCGUAGCGGAUAUUGUAUGUGUAAUGUGCGUUCGGCCGAAAAUAUUGCUGCUGUUGCUGCCAGUGUGGAGGAUGACCCGAAGGUUUCGAUUCCACGGCGUGCUCAGCAAUUGGGCUUGUCAGACACAUCAUUGUGGCGAAUUAUGCAUUUGGACUUGCACCUACAUCCAUAUAAAGUCCAACUGGUACAAAAAUUAGAGCGUGGUGACCAUGGAAUGCAUCGGGCAUACGUCGAUUGGGUGAACGAACAACAGCAGUAACAUGCUGAAUUUUCGCAUCAAAUUUUCUUCAGCGAUGAGGCACAUUUCGAGCUCGGUGGCUAUGUGAACACCCAAAAUUUCCGUAUAUGGGGCUCAGAAAAUCCACACGUGAUUGUUGAGAGGCCAUUGCAUCCGCCAAAAGUCACUGUUUGGUGCGCAUUAUGGUCUGGUGGAGUGGAGUGAAAAUGAGGACGGCGAGACGGUAACUGUGAAUGGUGAGCAUGUUAACCACAAAUUGAAGAUAUGGAUACAGAUGACAUGUGGUUUCAGCAGGACGGCGCCACGUGCCACACAACACGACCGAAUUUGAAAGGCAACAUUCGUGAAGUUAUGACCAAGAUACCGCCCCAUAUGUGCCGAAAAGUCAUCGAAAAUUACCUGUUCCGGAUCAAGGUGUGCGAGGAAGCCCUAUGUGGACAUUUGAAUGAUGUUGUAUUUCACACAUAAUGGCAUAAACCAAACUUCAAUUUGAAAUAAAAGUUUAAUCGAAAUUCGAAUUCUAAGUGUGUUUUAUUUCAAUUUACUUUCGGAAUUUAAAGUUGGAAAACCCUGUACAUGCAAGUUAGGGGUAUUAUUAUUCCCACUGAGCUGUGUUUCCCUAACACGGACUUCAAAAUCAAUGUGCCUGGGGAAAUCCGUUUUGUCAAAACAUGCAAAUCGGGGUAUUUUUUCCCCACUGAGCUGUGUUUCCCUAACACGGACUUCAAAUUAAUGUACCUGGGGGAAUCCGCUUUGCAAAUACAUGCAUGCCGGGGGUAUUUUUUGGUGUUGAGUACUUUUGUACUCGCUUGUCGUUGUGCAGACCGGAAUAUGUUUCCCUAAAACGUACUUUUAAACUAAGAAGCCUGGAAAAAUCGUCAUUGCAGAUACUAGAGGUGAAUGAACUUUCGUGGUUCGAGAACUACGUAAGCAUGAGAUGUGCUAUAAUUUCAGAGGAAAAUGUAAAAUACAAUGAUCGUUUGACAAAUCUUCCGUUCACAUAUUUUGGUAGUCCUAGGCAUCAUAAUCUAUUACAAAAAUUUCGAUGUAUUCUAAAAUAAUAUUCGAAGUGGUAAACAAGUGGAUUGCAUAAUAUAGCUGCGUAGAUCUACGUUGAAAAUAUGCGGUCGUGUCCUAGAUACAACCCCUUACAUUUUUUUUUUGGAAAAAGUUAACAGAAAACUUUUGGCGGAAUUUUAUUGCACACACAGCUAGUUAAAUGUAUAAGUAAUAAAUAUGCAUCAAAAGAAUCAAUGUAUUCUAAAUAUUUUAAACCCAAUAAAUGGAAAGUAUCGUCAAGUAGCAUUUGUACACUCAACACUAAUGACACUUGCGAUUGACUGUAUAGCGAAUUCGUUUUUGUUCAGUUUCAACACCACUUCCAACCUAACUGCUGUCAAAAUGUUUUUUAUUCACUCAGUUUCAACCUAGUUUCGCAAAGGGUUCAACCCGGAAGCUGUUGGGUUCGCACUGAGAUGUUUCACGGGUUCGCACUCGGUUCACCCAAUACAACUAUACUGGACCGUCAAGUUCCAAGUAUUGUAAAGCACUUAAUUUCUUAAAAAAUCCGUCGAAGAACUGGACAUCGUUCUAGGAAAAUGCACUCGUUCGUUAUAGGUUAAGGAACGUUUCUGUUUCUUGGCGUAAGACUACGUCUAUCAAUAAGGGUUGCGAAUGAGAAAAUAGGUCAUGUUUGUAUGAAAUAGUUUCAACGUUAAUAACUUUUUUUUUACUGCGAAUGGAUUUAGCUGAUUCGCAUAACAAUAAAAUCGGACAUUCUCUUAGAUUUGUUUGAUGUGCUAGAGAUUACAAUUUGCUAAUCAGUAAAUGGUUUAAAUUGAAAAAAAAACUAACACUCCCAUUAUCCCAUACAUUUGUUCUGGCUUUUCUGUAUUCAGCUACUCGCGGCGUCUAUAACAAGUAACUUCUGCAGCUGUGUUACACAGUUUCAUACACCAGAUUUAUAUACCACUACCAUUGCAAAGCCUUCUAUGCAAAUUAGUCGCACGUAGAUCAGUGCAAAGGAAUGGGUAAAUGAUUGUAACGUAAGCUCCGCUUUUGGACCGGGUGCAGCAUUGAAGGAAAUUUCUUUUGUGCUUCCAGUAUUCCCGCUACGGCUAGAGAGCGGUCAACUGCCACAAACAGAGAGGGUCGACAGUAUGUUGUGACUAAAUGGGGCAUAUACUGGGAUGUUCAAGUUUCAAGUAAAAUAUUUCGAAAACGAGAGCGUUGAUUAUUGAUCCAAAAACUUGUUUCAAUAAUUUGAAAGCUGCUUUGAGAUAACAUCAAACAAAUCUGUAUAUAAGCUGGCGCCUGUUCGGAAACUCACUCAGUUAUGAUUGUACACCGGUUGAAGCAUGUUAUCGCAGCUGCCACAUUGAUGUGACGAAGCUAAUUUUGCUCAUCAAGAAAGCGCUGAUGAACGGUGUCACCAUCAAGAGCCUGUUUGUGCAAACGAAGAGCACUGGUGCGUCGUGCUCGUUCAAGCAUCUACCGCUACUUCCCGCUGCUACCGGGAAGAAGAAAACAACAACCGCUGCCCCAACGCCUCAAACUUGCUGUUGUGAAGAAGACGACCAGCGGCUGCCCGAAAGCAAAAAUCAACUAAAUUCUCAGAAUUCGCUGCACAGGAGACGUGACUUCGAAAAAAGCUAAAAAUCCUCACGCACAACACAAGAGAUUUUGUUUUGUUUACAACAAAUCAUACAUCAAAUAGUUCUUCUCAAAAUAGAAAAUUUCUUUAAAGCGAAAGAGUUGAUCAAUUACAUUAUUUUUGUAAUUUCUUCAAUCAAAAUACGUCUCUCGGAAUGUUAUAAGGAGUACAAGAUGAGUCCUGAGAAAGAUUAUUAAUUACCCCUCGACGCAUCGCCGGCAAACGAUGUUCACUCAACAAUUUCUCAAACGAGAAGUGGGUGUUUUGAAGAAGGGCAGAUUGAGUGCAAAAAAAAGGUAUUGAUGCUCAAAACCUUGUGCCUGCAACGUAACGCCCUCGUUUUGGAAUUCCUCCAAAUAAUCAUUCAUCCAUUCAUCCAGAAUUUAUUUAGAUGCAACUUCGAACAAAUGAUCACUAAACUAGCAAUAGUCCUACGUCAAUCUUGCGAUUAUACCACAGAUAUAACCCACUUCCUGAUUUUUACUUAUUUUUUUCAAUCACACGGACACAUUGUUGAUUCUUUUUGUAAUUUCUUCAUUGUGCAUUGUGAUUUGAAUUCCGGACUCAUUUUGUCAGCGGAGAAAUUAGUUAUUGAUUUUUGUAAAGUUUAUUAUUCCUUUAUUGUUCCAUUAUGAUCUUAAACCAAACAUCAAACACCGAAAAUUCUUGCUCCAUUUUUUCUAGGGAUUGUAACAUACUUUUAUGAAACUCCUGCAAUAAAAAAAAUCAGCGUGAACUUUUGAUCCAUCCGGUUUAGAAUCAUCUUCUGAAUGUGUUUUUUUUUAUUCCGAACAUCUCGCAUUUUCCUGUUCCUGUUUUAUUUAUUUUGAUUUGUUUUACAUUUUCUUGACAACAGCUAGAUACUAUGUCUUACUCUACACUAAAUUGUCUCAAUAGUACCUAUCAGUCGCAUCUAUCGAACAUGCCAAUGAUCUUUUGGUUCUGUAGUGAUAUUGAAUAUAAUGAUGAAGUGUCUGGAUUGAAAAGCCGUCCGGUUUCUGAAGCAUUACGGUAUUACUCUGCACGAUAUUCAAUUUUUCUUUUGUGAAAAAGGGCAGUGAUAAGUCCACUUUGAAUAGCUGUCAAUAUAUGGACUAGUUGACAGAUGAAAUAUCACUCGGGUUCAGAAGCAAAUGGUGUCAAUUUUAGAAGACUAGAACUACGAACACAUUAUUUCUAAUGAUUCAAUAAUGUCUAAAUAUUCUUGGUGAUUCAUUCGUUCUCCUGCUGAAAAAUAAAAUUUUCGCCUGUUGGAAAAUUGAUUAUUUUUAAAGUUAAAAAAGAAAUCUAGAUUAGGCCAAAACAUCACAAAAUAACAAAGUGUAAUUUUACAACGACAACAUUCUUCCAUUUCAAGUUCGUUUAAAAGGAACAGCGAUAAGAAAUAUGUGUUUUUCAUGUUGGCCGUUUUGAGCAUGUGUUCUGUUUCUAUGCAUCAUUUUCUUCAGCGGCACUACGUUUCACAGUGGAACUUCAUUUGCUCGGCGUUGUAAUGCGUCAUUUCCAUUAGUGAAGACUACGAUGACGAAUAACACGGUUUGAUUAUAUGUUAAACUUUAAGUGCAAGUCAGGCAAUUUUUGGUUGCCAAAAAAAUCACCCGACCAUCGACCCCAAUAACCGCUCCGCCACGGAAGCCACCCCACGCAUAUACAAGAACAUAAUGAAAAACAUGAUAUGGUGCAUUUCCCUGGUGAGAACUAUAUGCCAGCUAAGGGAUCUCCAAGGGCUGAGGUGUUUCGAUUUUCAGAGCAUUAUUUCCACACGGAUAAACCGUUGUUGUAUGGUUUAUUUUUACGUUCAUCUAUCCAAAAGAAUCAUGUAACUUACUUUACGUUCUGGCGCCCUCAGAGGCUGGGUCGGAGGUUCAACAAGAGUGUGCAAACAAAAGCAGAGUAUCCCUAUUUAUGGUUCGAACAUUCGCAGGCAUGUAUGUGACGGGUUUCUGUACGUUAACGCGAAUUAUUUUGCUCUGCUACAAGUUUGCGAUUCUGCUUGAAUACACUCGAAUGUUUGAGCCAACCACUAAGCCUUGUGACGGGGGAGGAACAAUUGAUGUCGCCGCUGUCGCUCUUAUGAGCAUUUGUUUGAUUUUCUUGUUUAACUAUGUAUCAUUGUGGAACUAAGCAAAUUUGACUUGAGCACAAAAACGCGGGAUUGGAUAACAUUGGCAAAGUCAACGAUUCACGUAGGCUUCGCUCUCGGAAGGGCGUUCAUGGUCUGGCAGAAAUGUCUCGCGUCUUUCUUUUCUGGUAACUCACCUUACUAAUGGUUAUUGUUUAUGUGCGUCACAAACUUUGAAAGGCGCCUCGUCAAUGGGGGAAGAAAAAUAGGUGCGAUAGUUCGAUAAGUUACUUCGGAAGAAAAGCUGUGGUGCCUUUUCCCCAAACAGCGUCCGAAACUUUUGAGACUGAUGAUGAUGACCUUUACCAAACACAUUAUCUCAAUGGAAUUUGCAAUCAUCUGAGACAUGUAUAAGGUGUGCUCCAAAGUAUACAGAUUGUUUUUCUUCAAAAAGGUACAUUAUAGUGGCGUCUAAUGAAGGUCGUCUGAGCUUGAGAGGUAUAUUUUUCACCGAUAUGGACCAAGCUUACAUUUCUCAUUGUCUUUUAAUAGAAGUGUUUACUUCAUCAGUGCAAAGGUGACGUGAAAAAGACAAACAGAAAGUUCUGUUAUGAACGUGGAGCAAUUUUUGCCGUAACGUAUCAAAUUAUGAAUUGAGUUUUCAACUCUAAGGUUUCGGCGCGAUAACGAAUAGGCUAAUCGAAAUAUGAUUUAUUCUCGAAAUAUGAGCAUCGGACUCUCUGAAGGUGCAUUCAUGCUAUGUUUCGUGUAUCAGAUGUUAUAAAAGCACUACUUCAACGCUAUUGUGAGAUUCUUACUGUUUUGACCAGAAAUGGCAAAAAAGGGUUCAUGUUUCCAAUUUUACUCCUAAAUGAAUUCACGCGCCCUUGAGCAUGUUUGAGCAGCUGCAGGAAGGCACUGUUCUUCGAACCCAUUUUCUCAUUGGCUCGAUUUGUAAAGGAUGUGCAUGCUGUCUGAAAUCGAGAUUAUUCAGUAUCAAGGAAUAAUCAAACCAGUAAUCAUAAUUAAUGUGCAUGGAGGACCAGCCGAGAAUCCUCUUUUUAAGGUCAUAAAUAUUUUCGAUUUUUCAUUUUAAUCAAUUGAAUCUUGAUGCAAUAUUCAUUGCUACAAAUGCUCCAAAACGCAGUGCUUUCAACCGAGUUGAACUUCGUCCUUACAGUCACGGGGGGAAGGGAAAGAAUGUUAGUAUGAUAUUCGUGGCUUGAACUGCCCAUGUUUGUAUAGGAGACGUAGUUCCAUACAGCUUUCAUACAUCGUUCGAAAAUCAACAAUUGUCAGCAUUAUGUGCUAUAAGCUAAAUCUACAUUUGAAUCACAUUCUUUGUAGAGUCCAAACAUGUCUGUCACGAUAGUGUCUUUUUCUUCUUCUUCUUCUUAUAUGGCACUAACGUUCCUAGAGGAACUCCGCCGUCUCAACGUAGUAUUACUUGAAGUCAUUUUCAUUAGUACUUAGUUGAGAUUUCUAUGCCAAAUAACACGCAUUGAAUGCAUUCUGAGUGGCAAGCUCUAGAAUACGCGUGACCACAGUGCAAGUCAGAGGAAAUUUCUUUGAAGAAAAAUUUCCCCGACCAGAACGGGAAUCGAACCCGAACCCCCGGCAUGUUAGGUUUGACGCUAACCACUCGGCCACGGGAGCACAUAGUAUCUUAUUACUUUGUGUUUUUUAAUAGAGUAAUAUAAGAAACCAUUGAAGCGCUGCUCAUAUAAUUACUAUUUUCUGUACACGAUGAACAAAGAGAAGCAAUUUUGUUUUUUAAUGUUAUAAUUAUCUAAAUUUCUGCAUUUGAAUCUUCAAGUAGAUAAUAAAACAAUCAGAUCAGUAGUAAAAUUGAAAUAAUAUUGGUUCUUAACAUUAUAACUCCUCGGAUUCAACAUUGAAUUAUUCCACAUAAUCAGCACUUACUCAUACCGUUGGAAUAAGUCACUAUACCAUCUUUAUGCGAUCGAUCGUGAUAUCGGUAAAUCAUGUUGCUAAAAUUACCAACAUUGCAGAUUACCUUUACAAAUUCAAUCAAUUGAAAAAUCUCGAACCUGCUGUUCUUAUCACAUAUCCCAGAGAAUUCUUCAAGAAAAAAGUACUAUCAUAGACUCGCAACAAAUCAAGAGCACCUUUUCCAGACAUUUCACUUAAUUUUCUUCCAAACCUUUCUGAUUCUAUCCGAUAACAACUAAAACUACCGACGAUGACGUUUUGACUAUUAUCGGAAUUGUAAAUACUAACGCUACAAACAGAGCAACCUGGUGAUUACGUCUAGCUAUGCGGACAAAUGUUCAUUGAAACGAUUGAUUGUCCGCAUCAAUAGACGCAAGCGUUUUCCAAAUGAAAAACAAUAUGUUAUAAUCCGCAAAAUCACCUAGGCCCUCUUUUUGCCGAUAAUAUCCUUCAACUGGACAAAUCAUUUCAUCGGAAAUUUGCAUGGUUAUGCUUGUAGGCCAAAAAACAACAAAAAUGCGUUUUUCCAACACUAAUGGUAUUGUCGAUUACGUCUCCUAUGCAAUCAUGGGCAGUGAAGGGUCGCCUCUAUAGAUUGGUUCUCCUGCGAUUAUCAUGGAAGGAAAAAUUGUUAGCGGGAAUGGGUAAGAAGAAUCAGGAUUCACUGUGGUAAGUGGUGUGAUUCUGAAAAAGCGAAUUCUGAACUAUUCGUCAAAACGAGAUUUCGAAAAAAAAUAUCCAUUCUGGCCUGAGAAGGGGGUCGUCAUGACAUCUCUCGAAAAUAUCGAAAUCAUCUGUAUCCCAUCCACCUUGAGAAGAACUCAGUUGGCCUGAUUUGGCUGCAAAACGUAAGGACUCUGUUCCAUAUCGUGAGAUGGUUGUGCAGUCCACUGAUCAUUCAACAAGAGCCAAAGGUUGUACCGCUCAUGACAACUCUACACCAGCUGAUGUUUGCGCCGGCUAGUGACCAUUCUAUCCUGGAUUCCUCGAGUCGAGAAGUUGCUGAUUGAAGGUCAGCUGCAUCCCAAUAGGAAGUAUCCCGUGUCGGGCUCAGGUACAGAGCAUUGGAGACAGCAACAUCACAAUUACGAAAACACUUGUAAUACUAACCUCGAGCCAACCGCGAGUAAUCGGUUACAUAUUACUAACAUAGUUAUAAGGCAAACAUUGUCGAAAUAUUAAACUCCCGGCCCCGUCAGGUUGACGCCAUAUGAGCCUUAAUAAAAAUAUAUAUUUUGGUUAAAAAAAAAUUAACCCACUAAUUCAAAAACUUCUGGCCGCUGUUGUUGCAUAAUUCCGGCACCUGUUCGGAUCCUCAAAAACGCGAGCAGACUGCGGGAUUACUGUCAAAAACAAAUUAGUAGACGUUGACUACCUCCUUAUUGCAUGGCAACGUCUUUAUUGGAUCGGAACGUGAUCAUCCUGGUGGAGGACUUCGAGACCGGUUACUACAGUGAUAGACAUUCGUUUAGCCGCACUUGAAAAAAAAUGUAACUGGUUCAUCCCUGAACACAAUUAGGAAUGUUCUUUCUAUCGGGAUACUUAUUUGCUGUAGAAAUAGUAUAUUUUAGUCACUUUUAUUGAAAAGACGCUCGUCUCACUCACAGACGCACAAGGCGUCAUCGGUGGAUGUAAACAUUCAAACGUCGUUUUUUCCCGAGACAUACGUUUAGCCGCAGAGCAUAAUAAUCAGGAUUUCGUAAAAUUACCGACUCUUUAUCUGUGUUUUUUUGAAAAUUUACUUCGGAGUAUUCAAUUUACACGGUAAAUAUUAGAUGUGCAACGUAAGAAGUAGGUCAGAUUAGUGAUUCACGUAUAAUUUAAAGGAAUGGCGAAAGGUAAUCGAUUAACGGAGGAAGAACGGAGAGUAAUAAAGAUGUUCAAAGAAGAAAAAGUUUUCUAAUAGCUCGAUCGCCACAAAAAUUGGUCGAGCUGAGAAAGUAGUACGUAAUUUCUUGAAAAUGGGCCCGAAAUAUGGAAAAAAAACAACCUAGAACAGAAACACCAAAGUUACUUUGUGUCUUAAAGGUCAAAUAAGACACGAAGCAACCAAGAAACGAUUGUCCUGCUCUCAAAUUAAGACAGAAAUGGAUCAAGUGGAAGAAACUUCAAGAAAAGCCGAAACUGACCGCCACUCAUAAGCAGAACCGUCUAAAAUUCGCCCGGUAAUACAUGUAAUGGAAACUAGAAUGGUGAAAUGUUGUGUUUUCCGACUAAAAAAAGUUUAAUUUGAAUGGGCCGGACUGUUACAGCUAUUGGCACGAUUUAAGUCAGCGGAAUGUCGUGAGAUUGAAGCGAAACUUUGAGGGCGGAAGUUUGAUGGUGUGGGGAGCCUUUUUCUAUCACAGCAAACUUCCCAUUUAUUUCAUUUCCAUCCGAAUGAACUCCGAAAAGUUUCUUGAGUUGCUGGAGGACGUUUUGAUUAGCCAUAUUGAGAAUAACGCUACUGAGGAUAUCGUUUUUCAGCAGGAUAAUGCAUCGAUCCACUUUUCCAAGCAAUCAAAGGCAUGAUUUGUUGAGAAGGACAUUCCGCUUCUUGAAUGGUCUGCUUGCAGUCCCGAUUGCAAUCUCAUUGUGAAUCUAUGUGAAAUCUUGGCCGGGAUGGUCUAUGCAAACGGACAACAAUUUGACAACAUUUCCAGGCUCAAGGCAGUAAUUCGGGAGUGUUGGGCCCUAAUCGAUAUGACAACACUUAAAAAGCUGUCUGAUUCGAUGCCAAAUCAAAUUUUUAAAGUGAUCCGGAAUGGAGGUGGAUAUACUAAAUAUUAGCUACCGAUUGAACUCGAAAUUAGCCGCACAAUUUUUUUUAUCGAAAUAUUAAGAUGCGGCUAAACGAAUGUCCACCCUAAUUUCACAUAUUUGAAUUAUUUCGAAAAUAAAAAGUGAAUUGUUACUGUUAUAUAUAAUGAAUUCGAUGAAAAUAAACAAUAAUUGUCUUUUAUGAGCAAAACUGAACAAAGAAUUUGUUUUUUUUGUAGGCUAGUACUUAUCGGACAGCCCUCGUACAAUUCAAAACAUUAUUGCGUGGGAAGCGUGGGUUCAAGCAGUCGUCUGAGCGUUUUUAGACUGGGUUCCUUUUUCUUACUGCGAGGAUGAAAUAUAUUCAUUAGAUCACUGGAACUGGAAAAGGGAGAAGGAAGAUUGAAUAAUUAAAUCUAUUUAAAUUAUGAUCUGAAAUAAACUUAAUUAUUCAAUCUGGCGUGUGUUUUUCGACCGAUAAAUCUUAAUUACAGUAAUUAUUGAACGUAAUCAAUCGCACUUCAAGUAUUUACGUUUUACGUAUUACGUAUUACGUUAUACUUGAAAAACCUCCAAUUCCUCGCGGAAUGCGAAUGUAUAAUGUUUUGACUCAGAACUACGUCUUUCAGGAAGGGUGCCAAAUGAGAAAACAGGUCACGUUUUUAUGAAAGUUAACGUUACUUACUAUUUUCACUGUGAAGAAUUCUCAUGAUAUGCAUACCAAUCGAAUCGUAAAUUCUCUAAGAUUUGUUUGAUAUGCUAUACAUUACAAUUCGCUAAUCUCCAAACGGUUUAAAUUCAUGAAAACUGAAAGAACUACCUUUUUUCCCAUACAUUUGUGCUGCCGAUUUAUGUGCUAACCAUACCCGUAUUUCGAAUGCUUAUAACUCGAACAUUUCUUAACAGAUCGGAAAAAUCGGUUUGCAUCGAUUGAUAGGAAAUAUUUCUACGCGUCUAUCACAAUUGAGGGCCUUAGAAUACACUGGGUGUAAGUGACUUGAUCGAUUUCUUUUCAUCAAAUUUUUCUUUAGUUAAUAACUCAACUGCAAAAAAGUUCCAAUUUAUGUUCGCUAUAGAAUCCGAUAGAUGAGGUUCUGACCUAUCUUCCACAUUGUCAAAUACAACUAGGAUUGUAUUUGCAGCUAAGUUAUGACCAGAAGAGAGAGUCGAUGUAGAGAAAUCGAUCAAACCACUUACACCCCUUUCAUUCUAAGUCCCUCAAUUAAUAAAAUAUUAUUUUUCAUGAGAUGAACAAUGUAAUAACUGUAAAAUGUCAAGCGUUAUUUAAACGCCCUAACUGCCAAGCUAUGAUUGGCCUGAUUUACAGUUUCCCCAACACAGACUUCAAAAUCGAUGUACCUGUGGAAAUUCGCUCUGCAAAUAUACAUGCAAGUUGGGGGUAUUUUUGUUCCCACCGAGCUGUAUUUUCCUAACACGGACUUCAAAAUCAAUGUACCUGGGGGAAUCCGCUUUGUCGAAACAUGCAAGCUGGGGGUAUUUUUUCCCACUUAGCUGUGUUUCCCUAACACGGACUUCAAAAUUAAUGUACCUGUGGUAAUCCGCUUUGCAAAUACAUGCAAGUCGUGGGUAUUUUUUGGUGUUGAGUACUUUUGUACUCGCUUGUCGUUGUGCAAACCGGAAUAUGUUUCCCUAAAACGUACUUUUAAACUAAAAAGCCUGGAAAAAUUGUCAUUUCAGAUACUGAAUGAACUUUCGCGGUUCGAGAACUACGUAAACACUCAUGUUUUCAUUGCAUUUAUUCCAGAGGGAAAUGUAAAAUACAAUGAUCGUUUGACAAUUCUUCCGUUCACAUAUUUUGGUAGUCCUACACAUCAUAUCAAACGUAAAAGGACGUUCAUCAAAAUUAUUUGUAACGAAGAACAUAAUCUAUUACAAAAAUUUCGAUGUAUUCUAAAAUAAUAUUCAAAGUGGUAAACAAGUGGAUUGCAUAAUAUAAUUGCGUUGUUCUAUGACGAAAAUAUGCGGUCGUGUCCUAAAUACAACCCCUUACAAUUUUUUUGUUCCAGCCAAUGAACGAACGAGAGAAACCUCAUAAAAUCUACUGUAAUGAUAAGAAUUUCGUUGUUUCAGUUAUUAUUCGACCACGAACUUGAGUUCAACAUUGUAUAACCUAUACAACAAACUGCAUAAAAUUACAUACAACAUCCAUUCAAACGAGCACAGGCGGAUUCGGCAAUGCAACAAAUGAUUGUCUGAUGACAACAGUGCAAAAUUGCGUUCGAUUUUAACGCGAAAACUUUGAACAUAGAAUGUAUAUCUCAAAAAUUUUCAAAUAAUUGAAGAAAUUAUCCGAUUAUAGUUUGGUUCACAUGAAGAACCAUUCAUUGGAACCAUCAUCCUCCCAAUGACGAAUAGGAUCACAAAGAAGCCAUCAUAUUUUCUAAACUGAUGAGACUUCCUUUGAAGUUCCUUUCCAAGCAACGGAGUUAACGACAAUGCUUUCUGAAUUAAUGAUUUCCCAAUUUGCCUAGGGGUUGACCACCUGCUCCACCGCUAGCUAGUCAGUCAGAGAAUGAUGAGAUAGAAGCUUUUAAGUACAUAUUUCCCACCACCACCUCACCAAAUUGGAACCAGCUGUCAAACAAAUCCACCGCCGCAUUCAUUCUUCUUACCUGCUGAACUAACCCUCUCCUCCAACACUCGUGUAAGAAUUUAUAUACGGCACGUGUCCUUUCUCCCAGGAGGUAGUCAUUUAAUAACACGAUUAUUGAAGAUGGGACAAAAUUUAUAUCGUGACUCUCCAGUACCUUACACCGGAGAGGGAAUCUUACACUCACUCAACAGCACUGCCGAUGGUGAUAACAGCUUGAUACAAAAAAAACGAGAUGAAUGCGAUGAAGAAGAAAGUGAUGCGAACAUUCUAUCUAUAGCACACGAUUUAGGAUUUGCAUCUGCAAACACGAAAAUGCUCUCUGUGGAUUCUCAUUUCCACGAAAAUUUAAACAAAAUAAAACUAUGACGCUAUGAAGCCAACACACAGUGAAAUUCCGUAUAUAUUAUGCACAUCAUGCACAUGAAAGGCGAAUUUAAUCAAGAAUAAAAUACAUUUUAAUUUGAAGUGAUUUUUUAAAGCUACUAAUUGGAAGUAUUUCAUAUGUCCAAUUAUCGCAUACUCAAGCGAUUCUUCGAUGUUAUUUCAACUCGACAAAUCCGCAUGACAUCGAUAUUAAUAGAAGGAAGUAAAAUCAAGUGAAUUUAGCGAAUAUGGUCGGAUUUCCUAUUAGGUCAUUUUUCAAUGAUUUUCCGUCGGCUUUGCAACAUGUAACAAAGCGUUGCCGUAUUUCAUAAUCGCUUCUAGUUUUUCUGAAACACAGUACAGAAACAAAGGAUUGAGUCCAAUUGUAUCUAAUAUGCUUGAAAAUUCAAGGCUUUUUGAUCUGUCAGAAUUUAAUAACACAUGCUGCCCAAAUAUGCAUAGUUGACGUAACCACCAAUACAAUUCAGUGAUGGAAAAUGCUUCUUCCUUGUUUGUAGCUGAAUAAUAUUAACUAUCAAUAAUUUUUACAGAAUAAGCUGACUCCAUUUAAUAAAUAUUAAUGGUCAAAAGCGGGCGGGAGGGGUUGUUUGAUUUUUGGUAUUUUAAUUCACUAGAAAAACGGAGUUGGCGCUUACCUCAACCAUGCAUAUUUUGGUGGCGUAGGUCUUCAAUUUACGCACCAAACGACUGAUAAUUUGAUUGAUUUGGAUGCUUAUACAGGCCAAGGAGUUAGUGUUAACAACUUCGCAUUGUCUCCAAGCGAAUACUACACCAUGACAAAUUUGGCCAAACGUUCAAUUGAACAAAAUACCACGAGAAUGACUAAAAACGGCACGAACGAGAACUUGAUGUAGGACUAUAAUUGUUGGGAACAAUUGCUUCACAGUUGAGUUCUUUUAACUGUUCAGAAAUCCGAAAAAAUAAAUAUGGCCCUGAAAGAACCGUUUGAUUUGUAAAAGAAUCCGGAAUUAUUAAUUACGAUUGUUGACUAUUUUCAAUACUCAACUAUUGGAAAAAGCUGAAGAGUUGUGUCCGAAAUACGACGGCAUUGUUGAUAUUGGAAUACGUUACGAUAUACGUUGCAUGUUGUGGCGCUGAUCUCUACAACGGAACCGAAGAACAGAACAGAUCGCACCGCAGUGAAAUACUUUCUUCAUAUCCGGUUUGAAGUGUACUGCCCUUUGACACCACUUUCAAUAUGGAAACAAUGCACGAGUUCGUGAAAAUUCAAUGAUCGAUCGAAAAAAAAGUCACCAUUUAGCACAAAACAUUCCUAAAUUCACACAAUUCCCAACAAGAAAAAUAUAAAAAUCGAUUUGUUCUUCAUUAUUUCGGAUAUUAGUGAAAGUUUUGGUGACCCUGAAAAGGAUUGAUAGUUUGCGUGGUUUUAUGGAAGCAGCUGAAAAUGGUUGAUUCAUGGUUAAUUCUUGUUCUCACGAAACAGCUGCUUAUGAGUCGCAAUUUGUGCCUAAUGUACGUAAUGUAUAUCUUCUUCUUAACAUAUACACUGCAGCCACAGACCAUUCUAAAUUGGUACCACUACCGCAAUUGGCAACGCACAACAUUAAAAAUGCCUGCGUGUGAUUCAGUCAUACACAAAAACUCUCCACCUAAUGAUAUGAUAUGAAAACCGCCGCGGUACAUCAAAGCUUUUCAUCGAGCCACCGUUAUAGCCCGGUUGCUAGCUGGAUGGAUGAUAAAUCGAGAUGUGUGAAAAUGUUUCACCAAAAAAAAACAAAAGCGCUCUCCACCAGACGGUAUGAAAAUCGAUUGGUGCCUGAACAGAGUUGCAUUACUGUGUGUAUUGGAUCGAUAGCACGAGAGCAGUUCUACGAUUUAAAAGUGCCUCUGGACGCUCCAACUUGCAAAUCCGCAGCGAAAUCUCGUUUGGAAAACUAGCUCUAAAAAAAACUGAUAAAUUAACUCCUUCUGCUUGGUAAACAAUAGAAUAAAACACGUUGCUGUUGACGAUGUUGUUGCUGCUGUUGAGAUUGUCUCUGUGCUGCUUGGCCAUCCUUCCUGUUGCUAAUUUUGGAUUUGAUUACUCUGCUUUCUUUCAAGUUUUUCUUCCUUCGGUUGACGGUUUUUGGUCUAGCUAGCGGUUGACUGAUCAGCAUUAAGACUAUUUCUACUCACUAGCUGGUACAAGGCUAAGGUUUGAUUGAUUGGAUGAUUCAUUGAUUGAUUGGAUGAUUUUUUUUCUGUUAUAACAGUUCGGCAGAAAAGUUCAUAAGGUCGACGUCUAGAUGGCGCCUCUUGCAAAAAUCUACUUGACUAUCACAAAGCACCAUCUUCCAAUGGAUACGUGUCAAAAUUUGACAGCAAUCGGUCGAUUGGUUCGUGAGUUACACUAUUGAGAGUGAAGCAACUUUUGUUAUCGUGAAAAAAAUGGAAAAAUCCGAAUUUCGUAUAUUGAUAAAGCAUUGCUGGAGCAGAGUCCGGAUAACGUUUGUCAAGCCAUGCUUUGGUUUGCACUGUAUUAUUUCCAUUAAAAAGCAAUGCUUUAUCAAUACAUACUUCAUCAAAUCGGAUUUAUUGAUCUAUCACAAUAAAGAAAAUUAUAUAUUUAAAAAAAAAUUCCAAUCAAUCAAUGCAUGUAUUAAUUCCAGUUAAUUACGUUAAAUAUUCCAGUCAUUUUUCCAUGCUCGAUGUUUGGAAUUAUUUGCCACUGUUGAUAAUUGACUAACCAUUAUAUCUGUCAAAAUGUGUCAAAUAUUUGACCUUCGGUCAAACAGUGCACUUCCACUUUAACCCAUUAACGACCAAGCUGUAAAAAAUAUUUUUUUUACGAAAGCCAUUGGUGUAAUUUCGAUUAUUGAUGCUAAAGAAACCCCAAUGUUCAAGAAUUAUGUUUUUCCUAUCUUCCAUUUUCCGGGAAAUGUCUGUUCGAAAAAUCGAACAUUGGCCGAAACCCGCACAUUUUUUUGAAAGCAAAAAAAUACUGCGAACUGAAAAUCAGUUCAAUUAGCAAAUAUACGGUAUUCAUAAAUGCAUCAAUUUUAUAUUCCCGGACGAACAAGCACAGGAGGAUAGAGGUCUCUAAUUAUAAACCUAAUUUAAUCCACCUAAGGUGAGAUGUGACAUUUCUUAUUUCAUGUAAUUUCAACUUAUUACUUUCAUUGUUGGUCGUGGAGAAAUGUCUAUGCUUAAGAAAUAUUUCUUUCCAAUUAUCCAUUUUGCAAAAUACCAAAAUGAUGCGAAAAAACAAUGUAAUCGAAGGUUGGGUGGUUAUUAUUAGACCCGGCGGAAGAAUAUUUAUACCAGCAAUCUCAUCAAAAUCCUUGUUACAUGUACUGAUCAUUUCCUCCAGGCCCUCCACACACGAAACUCCACGGGCCGCCAUUACCUAAGGUUAAGGAUUUUAAAUAAUGUUUGCCGAAUUAAUUGAUAUUUGCAAACAUUCACAAAUGAAAAUGCAAAAACAAAUGAGAAACCUUCCGUCUUCCAAAGUAAAUGAACCAAAAUGCGCUGCGGGGGUUAGAUGUGUUGGUAUUGAUUCAGCAGAGAAAAAUGUUGGUUUUGGCCAACGUUCGAUUUUUCGACCACUCAAUUUUCCCGGCUGUUCCUGUACGAGGCUCAAUCGAACGAUUUUCGACCCAUAUCGCAAUGUUCUUUUAUCAAAGUAAUACAGUAGAAAAGUUCACACAAUUUUGUAUUUUAUUGGGUUUUUCGAUUGCAAGUAAGAACACAUUCCAAACAUACUUGCUUUAUAUCGAAUUUAUUGCCCAAUAAAGAUAUACAAAACUGAAUGAACUUGAUAGUAAGUGGUAGCUAAUAAAUUAAGCUAUCUUUUUGUGCAAAAACAUUACCAUAUGGUAGCUUUCCAAAGACAUGAAAAAUUAUCAAAGAUUUUUCGAACGCUUGGCCUAAAAUGGGUUAAGCAACACAAACACAGUAUCGUACGCGACUUCCGUUGCAAAUAUUUUCCACCCAUUUGGCUUUUCAUACCCUUCGGGAGAUAGUAUACAACAUGAGCUAAAGUUUCUCUAUACUAUCAAUCUAACUAUACCAACACGUGCAUAUAAAAUCGUCGUAUACUUCGUCCAUCCACUGUGGAAAGAGAGCUGUUGCAUGUUCUGCUCAUAUCGGAAGCAUAAACAUCAAUUAUUUUCAUAAAUAUUGUGGACGUGAUAACUUGCAGUUGAAAAAGUGAAGAUAAUUUAGAAGGAUUGCAGUAUCCUAUUAACAAUACAAUAUUACAGAGCUUUGAUUUUUGCUGAGUUUGACGUUUCUUCUGAAACCCAAUUAACAUAACAUUUCGACAACAUUAUUCUCAUUUUUCCUACCUUUAUUUUUUUUUUGGAGAUUUUCCUCUAAUGACUUCCAGUGAGCGUUACAUUUUUUCGGUUCUAUAAUGAAGUUAAUCCAUGUACAAACAGUGUCAAAUAGUAAUCAUUACAAUAUUACAACCCUCUGUUUCUAGUGUAUUUAAACCAAAAUAGUAGUUCAAUUGAAACCACCUUGUUAAUCGAUUAGAUAGCUGCUGCAUUUCUGUUUACUCAAACUCUGAUUAAUCCAAGGACUAUGACCAACAGAUGCUAUAGUCGUAUACAGAUUUGAUAUAAUAUAAACAUUUUUAUGGUCAAUCACAGCAGAACGUUGUUAAGCACACCAUAUCAUAUAUGCCACAGAUCAGUACAUAACACUCAUCAAUACAUUAGAUAUACAUUAUCUAAAAGUACAUCUUCUGUUUCAAAUGAUUCAACAUUCUAUAAUGUAUUGUAUUCUGAGAACAGUAAGCGAAAUCCCUCAAGAGAGGAGGAACAGCAACAUCAAAUAUACUAAUACCGAUCGAAAUAGAACCAAUGAUAACCAUUGGACGUGAUCCUUCGAAAGUGAAACAAAAUAUCUAACUAUCGAAUUGCUUUCUCUUCUUGACUAACAGUUUGAGUUGAAAUUUUAAUCAUUACCAAAAACAAACUAGCUUUCAAUUUCAUCCAAACGAAAGUAGUGAAAAACGAUAUGAAUUUGCAACUAAACCAAAAAUUACACUUGAUAAAUAGUGUAAAUCAACAUUCAAGAAACAACCAACAUACAUACACAACACGUAGUUGAAAGAAAAAAUACUUUUUUAAACAAAGAAUUUCAACAUUUUUUAUCGACUGAAUUCUGCAUUAACUUUUGUGACUGCAUCAAAAUGUGAUUUAAAUGUGAGUAAAACGAGAAAAUGGGAAAAAAGCGGUUAUAGACACCCAAUUAAACCAAGCAAAAAAUCUUAUAUUACCAAGCGCAAAAGCUUGCGGAGGAGAACUUUUCAAACAAUUUAUAUCUACAAAAAAAUAGUUAAAAAAAACUUUGUCAAAACAAAAAAAAAGUAGAUUCCAUUUAUAAGUUUCCUAAAUUUUACUAAAUAACUAUUUAUAUGAGCGAAGAAUGCAUUCAGAUAGGAAAUCAAAAGAAAAAGGAGCGUUGAGCAACAACAACAAAAAAAUACUAAAUACACAAACACAUGACACAUGAGAGGCGAUAAUCACGCAACAGCAAAGAAAUUAAUCAAUGUCGAGUUUAGAUAAAUGCAAAGAAUGACAGAACAAACUCUAAUACUGCUAUGCUUUUUUGACUACCAAAAAUACAUUGAUAAAGUAUUUAGUUAUUGGAAAAAACAACAAUAAAAUUAAAAAAAAGUGAAAUGAGAACCGUGAACAAUAGAUAUACAUUCAAAUAGUAUUGAGAAAUAAAGUCUUAAGAAAA